GCCGACCGCGCGGCGGGCAAGCGCGCGGCCAAGGCCCAACGCAAGGCCCGGGCGAAGGGCGGCGAGGCGUCGGCGCGCCGACGCCGGCCGGCCUGGCGCUCGCCGCUGACGCGGCGCAUCCUGGCACUCAACAUGCUGGUGCUGCUGAUCCCGAUCCUCGGGCUGCUGCACCUCGACCAGUACCGCCAGUCGCUGAUCGACUCCGAGCUGAAGGCGCUGCAGGUCCAGGCCGAGACCUUCGCCCUGGCGCUCGGCUCGGCCGCCGUGGCCGACACGGACAGCGGCGAGCAGCGCCUGAUGGAAGACGCCACCCGCCAGACGGUGCGGCUGCUGCUGGCCGGGACUUCGCUGCGCGCGCGGGUGUUCGACCGGGCCGGGGCGCUGCAGGCCGACUCCUUCCUGCUGAUGGGCCCGGGCGGCCAGGUGAAGGUCACCGAGCUGCCGCCGCUGGAGACCGGCAACCCGCUGGUGCGCUGGAUCGGCGAGCUCUACGACGCGGUGGUCAACGGCCUGCCCGGCUACCACGGCUUGCCACGCUACCGCGAGCCGCCCAACCAGAGCGCCCAGGACUACGCCGAGGCGCUGGCCGCCCUGGCCGGCGAGUCCCAAGGCCGCGUGCGGGUCGACAGCGAGGGACGCAUGGUGCUCUCCCUGGCGGUGCCGGUGCAGCGCUACCGCCAGGUGCUCGGUGCGCUGAUGAUCACCAAGGACGGCGCCGGCGUCGAGCAGGCGGUGCGCGACCGGCGCCACGACGUGCUGCUGGUCUUCGGCGUGGCGUUGGCGGUCACCGUGCUGCUCUCGCUCUACCUGGCGCGCACCAUCGCGCUGCCGAUCCGCCGUCUGGCGGAGGCGGCCGACCGGGUGCGCGGCGGCAGCAGCGGCGGCGCGCGCGGCCGGGGGCAGCGCAGCUUCAUGACCAGCCUCAGCCGACGCCACGACGAGAUCGGCGACCUGGCCCAGGCGCUGCAGCAGAUGACCGACGCCCUGAACGCGCGCAUGCAGGCGAUCGAGGCCUUCGCCGCCGACGUGGCGCACGAGAUCAAGAACCCGCUGACCAGCCUGCGCAGCGCGGUGGAGACGGCGGCGCGCAUCGAGGACGCCGGCCAGCAGAAGAAGCUGAUGUCGAUCAUCGUCGACGACGAGCACGGCAUCGAGAUCGUCUGCGAGGCCGGCAGCGACCGGAAUCUGCGCGUGCAGGGCCUCGAGGGCCGCCUGGGCCAGAUCUUCCGCAACCUGCUAUCCAACGCCCUCUCCUUCUCGCCGCCCGGCGGCACCAUCACCCUGGAGGCGCGGCGCGACAGCCGGCCGCGGGGCGAGGGCGGCGACUGGGUGGUGAUCACCAUCUCCGACGAGGGGCCGGGCCUGCCAGACGACAAGCUGGACGCCAUCUUCGACCGCUUCUACAGCCAGCGCCCCGAGGGCGAGAAGUUCGGCACCCACUCCGGACUGGGCCUUUCGAUCUCGAAGCAGAUCGUGGACGCGCACGGCGGGGUGAUAUAUGCCGAGAACCGCUUCCGGUCCGGCCGGGUCGCGGGGGCACGCUUCACGGUGCGCCUGCCCGCCGCCUGA